AUGGACGCAGAGAUGGCUUCCUGGAAGUCCACAGGCACCUACGUCGACGAGGUUCCCCCACCUUGGGCGAACAUCGUCAGUGGCAUGUGGAUUUUCAGGGUGAAGCGGCCGCCGGGUUCUCCACCUGUCUUCAAGGCGCGUUACGUUGCACGAGGCUUCAGUCAGCGAGAGGGAGUUGACGUCUUCCAGACCUUCUCUCCUACCCCGAAGAUGACCACUCUUCGGGUUCUGCUGCACGUCGCCGCUCAGCGUGACUACGAGCUUCACUCUCUUGACUUCAGCACUGCUUUCCUACAGGGCAGCCUGCACGAGGAGAUCUGGCUGCGCCGCCCACCUGGCUUCACUAGGUCGUUUCCUGCUGGUACCCAGUGGAGCCUCCGGCGGCCAGUCUACGGUCUCCGCCAGGCACCGCGUGAGUGGCACGACACACUGAGGACUACUCUUGCUGCUCUUGGGUUUGCUCCUUCUACUGCUGACCCGUCGCUGUUUCUACGCACCGACACCACUCUGCCGCCGUUCUACAUUCUCGUGUACGUAGACGACUUGGUCUUUGCUACUUCUGACACUGAGGGACUCGCCCACGUGAAGUCGGAGCUGCAGAAGAGACACACGUGCACAGACCUGGGGGCCAUGGCUGCACAGGAGUUACGCUGGCUCACCUACCUGCUGACCGACCUGGGAGAGCUGCCUCGUUCUCCUCCAGUGCUGUACGUCGACAACAAGGCCAUGAUUGCCUUGUGUCAGGAGCACAGACUGGAGCACAGAACGAAGCACAUCGCUCUGCGCUACUUCCUUGCUCGAGAGUUGCAGCAGCGUGGUCAGCUUCGUCUUGCUUACGUGGCCACUCAGGCCAACACUGCUGAUGUCUUCACCAAGGCACUCCAGCCUUGUGAUCAUCAGCGUUUCUGUACUGUUCUAGGCCUUGUUCCUACUGUGCCUCACUUGCUUACUUCUUGA